AUGUUUUCUUCGACAAUUGGCAUUCUUGCCCUAUCCACCCUCGCCGCGGCGCAUGGGGACCACAGCCAGAUCGCGCUGGGCCCGCACCAGGGAUUGUGGUACAACACACUCCCCGGAGACGGAGGCACCCAGGCCGACUCGGUGUUCUCUGGCAUCUCAACCUUCGGCCGACUGCCCUAUUUCCCAUGCCUGUCCAGCGAAGCUGAAAGAUACGACAUUGCGUUCAUAGGAGCUCCCUUUGACACGGGUACCUCGUACAGACCGGGAGCACGGUUCGGACCCAAAUUGCUUACGUCGGGUCACGUCUGGAACCAUCAAGGCUCACGCAAAUUGGGAUUCAGCGGGGGCUACAAUGUCCCGUUGGAGGCGAAUCCGUUUAGUAGCGAUAUGCGGAUCUUGGAUUGUGGGGAUAUCCCGGUGACUUCAUAUGACAACGCUUGGGCCAUCCAGCAGAUUGAAGAAGGCCACAACAGUGUGCUUAUGCGCAAGCCGUUCACCGAUGCCGACCAGUAUGGUCUGUCCCGGGCUGGGAAGACCCUUCCCCGGAUUAUCACUUUGGGGGGAGACCACACCAUCACUCUGCCGCUGCUACGCAGUAUCAACAAGGCCUACGGACCCGUGACGGUGAUCCACUUUGAUAGUCACCUAGACACCUGGAAACCCAAGGUGUUCGGUGGUUCGCCCAGCCAGGUGGCCGCGAUCAACCACGGCACGUACUUCUAUCAUGCUGCGAUGGAAGGCCUACUUAAAAACGACACCAACAUCCACGCGGGUAUCCGCACGACGCUGUCUGGACCGUCGGACUAUGAGAACGAUGGGUACUGUGGAUUUGAGAUCGUCGAGGCCCGCGAAAUCGAUACCAUUGGCACGGACGGUAUCAUCAAGAAGAUCCGUGACCGGGUGGGGAGCGAGAAUCCGGUUUAUCUCUCGAUCGAUAUCGACACUCUGGACCCUGCGUUUGCGCCGGCCACUGGUACUCCGGAGACUGGCGGCUGGUCUACGCGGGAGCUACGGACGAUUAUCCGUGGACUGGAUGGAUUGAACUUCAUCGGAGCGGACAUUGUUGAGGUGGCCCCGGCAUAUGACACCAAUGCCGAACUGUCCACCAUGGCGGCCGCCGACGUGCUCUAUGAGGUGCUCACGAUCAUGGUCAAGAAAGGACCAUUGUCCAUCAGUAGUCCAGCCCACGAGCAGCUGUGA